AAGCCGGGUACUUGCGUGCAGUCGGUUCUGACGAAAGGAGGAGCGCUGGAAGAGUCACAACCUGAACCGCAUUAAGACAAGAUGGCAGGACUGCCCCGCAGGAUCAUUAAGGAGACACAGCGCUUGCUUGCUGAGCCUGUACCCGGGAUCAAGGCGGAGCCGGACGAGGGAAAUGCCCGCUACUUCCACGUGGUCAUCGCAGGGCCCCAGGACUCGCCCUUUGAAGGCGGGACUUUUAAACUUGAACUCUUUCUGCCCGAGGAGUAUCCGAUGGCAGCCCCGAAAGUACGCUUCAUGACCAAAAUCUACCACCCCAACGUAGACAAGCUGGGCCGGAUAUGCUUGGACAUCCUGAAAGACAAGUGGUCCCCAGCUCUGCAGAUCCGCACAGUGCUGCUAUCCAUCCAGGCAUUACUAAGCGCCCCCAACCCAGAUGAUCCGCUAGCUAACGACGUCGCCGAGCAAUGGAAAAGCAAUGAGGCCCAAGCUAUAGAGACAGCACGCACAUGGACCAGGCUGUACGCAGGAAACAACAUCGAAGUGUAGGAGUGGAAGUGGAGCACAACUUCCUGUUCUGCCAAGCCUCCGCUCUGCCCCCCUCCCCCUCCCCACCACCAUUUUCGUUUUGCAUUUAAAGGACACGGUCUGGCAAGACAAACAUGAGAUUAGAGACUUGAGGAUGUUCGAAAUGCACAUUAGCAGAUGUAUCCUUGUCCUGAUUCACCAUUCAUAAGCAGGGGCUGUGUGUGAGUGUGUGUGUGUGUGUUGGGGUGGGGGGUGGUUGGCGGAACAGUACUUUUUACCUAUUUUUCUUUUAAAUGUUACUUUUUGUUGCUGUGACGCUCCUGGUGUAAAGCGCAGCUAAGAUGCUCCAUGAUGAUCGUGCCCCCCCCUCCAUAACUGUAGGCGCUUUAGAAAGAACAAAGUCCCACUGAAGAGUUGGGUUUUUUUUUUCUUCCCAUCACCCACCCCACCCCCCCCGCACCCCCCCCACGAGGGCAAACGGUGUAGUGAUGAACCGACGUGUAAAGAAAUGAAUGAAAUAAAACAGCCACCACAACGACAUGUACUGUUUUGACAGCUGUCAGUGUAGACUAAUGUAGGCUUGUGACUUUGUAUGGCUUGUCUGGGAGAAAGAAAGUAUGUAAAGUUUUAGUAAAAUUUGUUAUUGUA